CAAGUCCGGAUUACACCAUUUUCUGCAUACAAUAUUUCGUUGGCUUGCCCGCGUCAACACUGCAGUCAAUCGCGACGAAUUACGGCUUGAUAAGUCUUAUUGGACACGAUAUCCACUGACCUAGGUGCUGGUACUUCGCCGUGCCAUUCAUCUCGUUUUGGUCAGCGUCGCCCUUCCAAACAUAUUUCCGUGGCAGCUAGGUUCCUUGGUACGGCAAAUUUGAACAGCUCCUUGUUGGUGUUAUAUAAAAGCGUAUGUGGCACACCGUUAUCCGAGCCUGCUCCAUCCAGUACGGAGUACAAUGAGCAACGGAAGCCCAGCAACUGCCAAAAUGAGUGACCCUCUCAAACGGUUGGACUUGGAUGGGCAUGAAAUGCCGCCCUCGCCUGCCCCGUCCAGCCCACGUACUGGUGGACGGCGCCGUUAUGCUCUUGCCACAGAGCUCGUUUACACCGAGACCAAGGACCAGUAUGGGGCGUCCAGCAUUCCCAUCUAUCAGUCAGCCACCUUCAAGCAGGCUUCUGCGGCCGGAGGCACCAACGACUACGACUACACUCGCUCUGGUAAUCCGACUCGCACGUAUUUGGAACGCCACUUGGCAAAGAUUAUGAAUGCAACAAGGGCCUUGGCCGUCGGGUCCGGAAUGGGGGCGCUGGAUGUCAUCACUCGCCUGUUAAGAGCUGGCGACGAAGUCAUUACUGGAGACGAUCUCUAUGGCGGCACCAAUCGAUUGCUCGCUUACCUCUCUUCCAAUCAAGGUAUCGUCGUUCACCAUGUAGACACCACCAAUAUCGAUUCCGUCCGCCCCGUCAUUUCCGACAAGACGACAAUGGUACUGUUAGAGAGUCCCACGAACCCUCUGAUAAAGAUUAUCGACAUCCCCUCUAUCGCGCGGCUGGUGCAUGAGGCCAAUGACAGAGCUCUCGUCGUGGUGGAUAACACUAUGCUAUCACCCAUGCUGUCCAAUCCUCUCCACCUUGGCGCUGAUAUUGUGUAUGAAUCGGGGACGAAGUAUUUGUCCGGACACCACGACAUCAUGGCAGGGGUGAUUGGCGUCAACGAUGCCGCUAUUGGAGACAAACUGUACUUCACGAUCAACGCAACCGGAUGCGGCCUGUCACCGAACGAUUCGUUUCUUCUCAUGAGGGGCAUCAAGACUCUUGCGAUUCGUAUGGAGAAGCAGCAGACCAAUGCUCAGAAAAUCGCAGAGUUUCUUGAGUCUCGCGGCUUCCGUGUACGCUAUCCCGGUCUUAAGUCCCAUCCCCAGUACGACCUCCACUGGUCCAUGGCCAGAGGCGCUGGGGCAGUAUUAUCCUUCGAGACAGGUGAUGUCUCUAUAUCCGAGAGGAUAGUGGAAGCCACACGGCUCUGGGGUAUUAGCGUGAGUUUUGGCUGCGUGAAUAGCUUGAUCAGCAUGCCGUGCCAAAUGAGCCAUGCGAGUAUCGACCCGCAAACGCGUAAAGAACGACAAAUGCCAGAAGACAUCAUCAGAUUAUGUGUUGGAAUCGAAGACGUAAAUGAUCUCAUCGAUGAUUUAUCUCGCGCUUUGGUUGAAGCAGGAUCCGUGGCCGUUACCCUGGACGGCUUCAGGGCAACUGGGUCAUCUUCAUCGGCUCAACAAUCAACCGCCAUUGACAGCGACGGGGGAGUGUAGCCGCUUAUGCGCCAUUGUCAGGGUACUAGGCGUCCAGACCAUGAUAUCGUAUGUGAGGAGCCCAUUGAGCGGAGAGACGCGGUUCCAGGGGUCUUUAUCCAUGUCAUCUCCAGAAUCUAGCUUAACCAUCCCUUUGCUCUAUGUACGUUGGCACAUCUCUGCACAUCUCUUUCUCGAAUUGCGACUGCACUGUAGAAUACAUCCGUAAUAUCGGCACUACAGGGGAGACUGUCUUGCGACUGGACCCCAUUUGGGUAGACCCGUUGGAAUGCGUGGGGUCGAGAUCUUUAAUCCCGCAUUCCAGCUUCACACUUUACCAGGAGU